GAAAGCAAGCGAUCCUCAUUUCGAUUGUCAUUGGGAAUGAAAACGAUUCAGGUAUUUGCUGUAAGAAGAGACUCUUGUAUACGAAAGAAACCAAGAAAUAAAAAGAAAGCUUUGGUAUCUAAUGAGAAACAAGAGGCCAGUUCAUUAGCCACAAAGGAAAACGUGAUUUCUCCACAAGCGUUGGCAAGCAAGUUAAAGAAAGAAAAAGUAUUGGGCACAAAGAAAACCCGACAAGCUUCGUCUAGUCGUUUCAAAUCACCCGGUAUUAAGAGACAAAUAGAAAGUUGUGACGUAGUUGAAGAAGGACUCAAGAAACUGGAAAAGAGUCCUAGGAAGAAGACACAAAGUGAUAUUGUUAUCGAUGCUUGUUCCGUUUUGUUGGAAGGCAAAGGAGAAGCUGUACUUUCAACACAAAAUAUUCAGAAAGAGUUGGGCAGAUUUGGUGAUAUUGAACAAAUAGUUUUGUCAGAAGAUGAAAAGUAUGCUUUGGUUCGGUAUUCUAUUGAUGAUGCUGCAGUUAACUGCAGUAGUGUUCUCAACUUACCUGAAGAGGCAAAUGCUCGUUUAUUUACCGUUCGUAUGGCCAAACCAGAAGACCAUAGUUUAUUGAGCUCUGUUUUGGACAACAUUGAUGAUGUUGUUGUUCAUUCUGAGGAAGAUAACGACGUUUUAGAAAAGGCCACUUGUUUUUCUCAGAGUCGCACAGAUUCUCCCACUUGCAAUCGACCACUGAUUGUAUACGAUGAAUUUUAAAGUAUUUCAAAUAACUUGAUUAUAAAUGAUGAUGGUGUUUCAUAUCUAUCU